AUGAGAUUACUUAAAUAUCCCUUGGAAUUGAGGGAAGAACGUUUGAAUGCUGUAACCGUGAUUGAUAACUCGUUACUGUUACUUUCUAGUGGCGGACAUGUGAUAGUGUGGUCGGUGAAUGAUCUGGUAGAUACUGCAAUUGAUAAAUUGUCAAUUAAGGAUUUGGCUAGGAAAAAAAUGUUACCAAUAAAAUUCAAUAAAUAUAAAAAAAAUGAUAAUGAUGGUAAUGGUAAUGAUACCCAAGCUUUCUUCUUAUGUGGUGUUGAUCAGACAUUGAUUGUUGCUUCAGACCAUGAAAUUUUGAAGAUUAAUAAUUGGAAUGAGAAUAAUGAGAACUCUGAGUUUAAACAAGAUGUAAUAUCAAGUUAUAAAUCUCCAUGUAUAAUUACCGAUAUUAAAUUGGAUACUCAACAAUUAUUAUUAUUUGUCCUAUGCAGUAACAUUAACUCAAUUGAAAUAUUUGAUGUCAAGAAUAAUAAGAGACUCACACAGAUUAUAUUGGAUAAAACAAUAAAACCGAUUACGUUAAUAUUAGAUCCCUCUGGUAACACAUUUACCAUACUUUGUUCAGACAGAUCUAUUCGUGUAUAUCAAUUCAAUAGAUCAGGGAACUAUAAACUAAUAAAAGAAAUAGCCCAGUAUGUCCAUAUGGAACCUUUACAUUAUAAGAUCACUAUGCCACCACAAGCAAAUUAUUUACCUAUUAUUAAUUCUAUAAAGGGCCCAUCUUCAUCAUCUACGUCGUCCUCAUCUUCAACAACAACAGCAUCAACUUCAGCCUCAACAUCGAACUCAACUUUCUCCUCUACUUCAGCGACUACAACUGUAUUAUUAGACAGAAAUAACAAUUACAAUGUUGCUGCCACAAUUGUUUCACCAGCAUCCAACUCAUGUAAAGUGUUGACGUUCUCUCCUGCAAUGUACGAAAAGAAAAACCUUAAAAAGAAUACAAGUUUACGCUAUAAUUUAUUAGCUACAUCAGGCGUUAAAGACGGUACUAUAUUGGUGUGGAACACUAAACGUAUGAAACCUUUAUUCAAUGCAUUACAAGUAUCCGAGACACCAAUUAAUGAUAUGGUAUGGUCAAACGAUGGUCUGACUUUGUUUGCGGUAUCAAAUGAUAACAUAUUGUAUACUUUUGCAUUCUUACCCAUUGAUUUAGGUGAAAAAAUAUCAAACACCGACAUUAUAGAAUUAAGAAAUAAGAACAUAAUUUUACCACCAUUACCAGAUAAAAAUGUAGUUGAAACUGAUAUCAAAAUAUCAGAACAAGGCAAAUCAGAGUUAUCUAUAGAAGUGCCCAAUCAUAACAAAUUGAAAAGUGAAACGCCAACGAUAACUGAUUCAUCUGUGAAAAAUAUUACAUCGUUGGUCAAGAAAAUUGGGAAGAAUAAAACUCAAGUAAUCAAGACAUUGGCAACAAACCCAUCUGUAAAGGUUACACAAGGAUCGGGAAUGGAAUUUACACCACCAUCCUACAUUGUACCAAAGGAUCUUAAAAGAAAAGUGAAGGAAGAAGCAAAUGGUACUGGUCUACCUCCACCACCUAAAAAAUCCAAACGUGAAUUAGAACCUAUGGAUUUCUUAGAUACGGGAUUAAUCAUCCCCAAUAUCUCCUUUUCAAGAAUUAGACUUGCUUCACCAAAGAUUAGAAUGUCUUUCAAAUAUACGCCUUCAACAAAUAAGAAUUUUACAAUGAAUAUUAAAAACGGUUCUGGUAAUGAACAGAAACCGACGAUAAUAAGUUUGAAUUCUAAAACCUCCGAACAAGAUAAUCUAUUGUUUCAAGAUUUUAUACCGAGAUUCAUAACUAUGUGUACAUCAGGAAAAUUCUUUUGGGCCUGUUGUUCUGAUGAUGGGAUUAUAUAUGUGUACUCUGAUAGUGGUAAAAAAUUACUCCCCCCAAUGAUGAUUGGUGUACCAAUUAGUUUCUUAGAGGCAAGUGGUAACUAUCUCCUUUGUGUUACUAGCAUCGGCGAACUCUACUGCUGGUCUAUAGAAGAAAAGAAAUUGAAAUUUCCUAGAAACUCAGUAUAUCCUAUACUGAGUCCCUCAUUAAGAUAUUCUGAUGAUAUUUUAACACGGUCUGAAAAUAUAACAAUGUGUACUGUAACUGCAAAUGGGGUACCUUUAAUUACCUUGAGUAAUGGUGAUGGAUAUAUAUUUGAUAAGGACAUGGAAAUGUGGCUCUUAGUUAGUGAUAGUUGGUGGGCAUAUGGUUCACAAUACUGGGAUACAACAAACUCUUCUAUUUUCAGAAAUGUCGCCAAUGCUUCAGAUGGUAAAAGUAACGAUUUUUGGAACGCUAGCGAUAUCGAAAGCGUCAUAUCUGACGUGAGAGGUGAUUCAAGUUCCAUUGUGAAUUAUAUGGAACGCAAGACUAAUGAUGAAUUAAACCGUAAGGGGCGCGUUAAGAAUUUGCAACGUUUUGCUCGUGCUGUUUUAAUGAAAGAAGGUUUUGAAAACAUGGAAGAAAUAGUUACUCUAGCACAUUUAGAAAAUAGGUUGUUGGUGUGCUUAAAAUUAGAAGAGACAGAUGAAUUCUCAAAAUUAUUAGUCAUAUACUGCGUACGUCUCGGAAAAUUGGGCUAUACAGAUCGUCUGGAUGAUGUCUUACAAUGGUUAUACAAUGAAGGAGAUAUCGAAAAGCCUGUCUUGCGCGGCAAAACAAGAAAGGAGUUAUUAAAAUCUGUGCUAUUGGCAUGUGCUAACAUAAGACAUGUUCAAAGAGUUACCAAUAAUUAUGCAACAGCAAUAGGGCUGAUUGAAGAGACUAUAUAA